GGCGCCAUUAUUAGGUUCUCAGAAUGACUAGGGGUUCACCUCAUCGGUCGCACAAAAAACAUCGUCACAAGAACCGUGAUAGGUCUCGUUCUCCCCUGGACCAGAUUACUGAUAGGAUUGCUACCAGGCGAGAUGAUCAAUCACCUAGUGAUACUGGAGGCACUGGUGUUGAUAUUUCUCUCUCAGUUGCGGAAACAAAUGCUUUGCGGGCUAAAUUGGGUCUUGCUCCUCUGGAUGCUGAUGAUACUUCAAAAUCAGAACGAGCAGUAGAUAACCAAGCCGAUUGCUACGUCCAUGCACCAGCUAAGGAUAUCAGAAAAAUAAGGGAAUCAGAAGCAAUCAAAGAAAAGCUAAAUGUCUUGAAAGAGAAAAGGUCACUGUUAGAUAAAAUCGGGCAGGAAAAACUGUCCACGCCGUCUGCAUGUGAAUCGGAUGUUCAAUCAUGGGUUGAGAAAAUGCGUGAGAAAGAACGAAUUCAGAAACAAGCCGAAGAAAGAGCAAAGCUUUUGUCUGAGAUUGACGAUCAGUUGGCUGUUUCUGAGUUUGUAGAGUCACAGUUGAUUCAAAAUGGUAAAAAGUACAAACCCAAUGAUUUGGCCGGUCUUCGCGUUGAACACAGCUCAUCCCGUUUUGUUGACGGUCAAUCAGUUAUCUUGACGAUUAAAGACUCAGGUGUUUUGGAUGAAUCUGAAGACGUUUUAGUGAAUGUAAAUAUAAUUGAUGAUGAAAAAGCUGAUGUCAAUAGAGAAAAUAUAAGAAAGACUACCGGUCUGGCAGGAAUUGAAGACGAAGUGGAUGAGGAUGUACUUCUUGGUUUACGCUCUAAAGCUGUUCUAAGCAAGUAUGAUUCAGAGAUUAAUGGCAUUAAAAAAGACCACUUUGUUAUUAAUUCUGAUGGCUCUUAUAAUACAGAGAAUGAGCGUUUAUUGAAACAACUACAAGCUGAACUGAAAGAAGGACGACAAUCGUUGCCUGAUACUGAGCUUCGUAUAGCUUCUGAGUACUACAGUGCGGAAGAAAUGGCUGCGAAAUUUAAAAAGCGUAAACGUCGUAUCAAAACUAUUCGUCAAGCACUGACUGCUGAUGAACUUUUGAGUGAAUUGCCAGAACAAUCAGGGUCUUCUGAUUUAGGAAGCCGUUCAACAGUUAGAGAAAAACGCUUAAAUAGUAACAUCCCAUCUGCAAAUGACACGUUUCCGGCUGAAGAAUUUUCUGCACAAAUAAUAGAUGUCAAAGAUAGUUACGAGGAAUAUUGGUCUGCAGCAGAUCAUAUCGAUGAACCAGAUGAGUUGAGAAGUGAAUUAGAGAAAACUAUAGGGCGAGUCGUGCAAUCGAAGUCACGGGUUGUUUCUAAACCGGAAGAAAUUACAUCACAACUCUUAGCAAAAAAUAUAGCUACUCAUUCAUCCGAAUCCGUGUCACAGUCACCUGCGUCUGAUACAUUGACAAAUAAUAGCAAAAAAGACAGUGUUGUGUUCGACUCUACUGCAGAAUUUUAUAAGUCAAUUGGUAUUGGUUUUCAAGAAAGUAUGAAAAAAAAUACUCGUUACAAUCAGUUCUUACAAAAUCAGUCUAGAUUACAGAAUAAUGGCGGAGCAGUUGGUACUAAUGAUGAUGAUAAUACGAGUUCAUCACCUACAAGAUUGCCGUAUAAAGAGGAAGAAGAAGAAGAACGAAAACUUGAUUAUGAUUCAGAAGGUAGUUAUCGCAUGAAAAGUGAAGACUAUGAUACAAAUUAUGACGAUACGAAGUUGGAAGCAUCAAACGAUCGAUGGCAUACUGUCGGUAAUGAUAUUCUUGGGAAUUCAACUCGAACAGUACCGAAACCAACAGUCAAAAAAUCUGGGCAGGAACAUUUUAAAGCAGAAAAUACUGAUAUACAUGGAGUUUUAGAUGAUGAACCACGUCUGGAUUCAGGAGUAUUUUCAGCCAUUCGGUUGGCUGAGAAAAAAGGUUAUAUUGAUAAAGAAAAAGAGAAACGAACUGGUUCAGGAACUAUGGUCAAUCUAAUGGCUAAACACUUUGUCCAAGAAGAUAUACGCUAUGAUGAUAUUGAUGCGAAAUUUUACAAACGUGAUCGUUACUCUGGUCCAUUAUCAGAUUUUAAAGAGUUAACGCAAUAUAAACCGGAUAUUAAAUUAGAAUACGUUGAUGAGCUAGGACGCGAUUUAAGUGCUAAAGAAGCUUUUCGUCAAUUAAGUCAUAAAUUUCAUGGAAAGGGUUCCGGUAAGAAUAAAACACAGAAACGUAUGAAAAAAAUCAAUGAAGAGUUUGUAAGUUUAUGGAUUAAUUAUUAAUUUAAACUAACAUGUUUACCAAUUACAGGUUUUUUACUAUUCCAUUUAAAGCGAUUUUUUUACAUCAUGACCGUUAAUACUAUUUGACCCACCAAAUUGAGCUAGACAGAUUUGUAUCUGUUGCUUGCAAGGCUAGUAGUUUUACAAUUAAUUGAUUGUAAAUAUCAUUUAUAGGACCAAUAAGUCAGAACGAGUAGAACAUUUUGUGAUUAUUCAUCGAUAUUCGUGUAUAUAUAUGUGCGCUGGGAUUGUCCUCAUAUUUUCACGCCUAAGUAAGUGGUUUCCUCAGUGGAUCAUUCCCUGAACCUAUAAAUUAAAGGUCUAAUUUAGAAGGUAUUUGAUUGAAAUGUCAAUAAUUCACUGCUUCACUUUUUGUUAUAAACUUACAAUCGUAUAUUAAAAUAAUCCAACCCACUUUCAGUUUUAUUCUAAAUAGAAGUUCGUAAUAUUGUUCGUAACUUGAUAUAAAAUUGGUGGUACUCGAUUACGCUUGUAUUCCUAUCACUAAAUAUACAUGGUUUAACCGCGACGUUGGUGUGACUUAUUAGAUACUAGGUAGAGAUAGUAAAUCGGGUAAUAAUAUUAUGGACUUUCGUCCACUGAUUUGGUUUCGAACAUGUUUUUUACACUAAAUGCAUGAUAAUACGUUGGUUGAAGACUAGGUGUGGCAAAAAAACAUGGUAUCAGCAUUUUAAGUUAUGGACUCUUGGAUGUGUGGCAUUCAGUUGAGUCAUUUGCUCUUCAUCUUGUUAAUUUCAUGUCUGACUGUGCUGAUGUAAGACAUGGCAAUUUUGUCGAGGUAUAUUUAUUUCAGGUUCCUAUUUGUUUAUAACUGGUUAAAUAUCUAACUGGCAGUUGUGAGUGAAUUUCACAGCAACAUAUUCUUCGAAACUAAGCACACUACUUAAAAUACAAAUACCUAAGAAAUUUAAAAAAAAUAGUUUUUGAUCUAUCGUCAUGUUCUAUAAUGUUGGUAGAUAAAAGCGGUAGUGAGACUAAGUGAGAAACUUAUUUUCGCACAAAAAUUCACGAUUAAAAAAUGUGUGUGUUAUGUGUUUGAACACUAAAGUGCAUAAGAUGUUGACGGUUGAUGUUCAACGGAAUUAUAUGAAGAAGAAAUAAAUAUUCCAGUUUAUCCAACUGCUAUUUUGUUUUUAGUAUUUCAACUUUCGGAAUUAAAUUGUACUUGCUGACGAAUCUAUUUCCAGAUUCAAAUUUUAGUAAAAGUCCCUUAUGGAUUGCUUUUCACCAAAAAUUGAAAAUUUACGUCAUUUAACUUUGCAAGUUGGUUAAGUGAAAUUUUAUAAAGCGAACCAAAUAUUAAAAUAGUUGAGAUAUAAUGAUAUUUUACGACAUACGUGUUUCUUCAUUACAGAACUACAUUAAAGAUACCCAACGAUCCCUGGAGAUUAAGAAAGAGAUUUACAGGAGACUUUUUAAUGUUUCUAGAAAAGGUCAUCAUACAAACAGUUUUACUGGUUUUAUACUGUUUAUAUGACCUUGGAAUAUAGAUACGAGAUUAGUUGUUAAAAAUAAAGCUUGUUUUCAAAUAGUCAAACGAUAAAAAGUUCUGAAACGAGUUGGAUUAGUGAUUUUCCGAACACUAAAAGAUUUUAUAUGAGUGGGGUAAUUUGUCGACUAACAACAAAUUAAUCAUAGCAUCGCUCUCAACUUUGUAGUAGUCUUAGAUUUCAACAGACCUCCAUAACAUAUGGUUAAUUGUUAUAGUAAAGGUGUAGACUUACCGUUUUAUGCUAAAAACCGUAAAAAAUCACUAGCUAUUGAGGACAGGAGUUUUGUAAAUAUUAUAACUAGCGAAGUAUCUACUUUUCCGCAAAGUUUACUUCUUUGGAGAAAAGCUGUUCAAAACAGGGAUGUUUACAAAGAUAAUUUCAAAUUCAACAACCAUUCUGUGGUGACUAGGGACUAAAUUCAAGAGGUAAUUCUUAGAGUUCUAUUAAGAAGCAUGAAGCAUUGGAUUUCAACCAUGUCGGUCGUCAGUCAAAUAUUACUAAUGGCAAUGGAUAAUGGGUCAUGCAAUACUUGCAUAUAAUUGGAUGCCAGCUCAGUUUUCUGAAGUUUGGACGCUUGUCAAGAGGCUUGGAGGCCUUUAGUUCGAUCCUUGGUGUAGUUACAUAGUAGGACGAAAUAGAUGUUCAGUGCUUCCUGGUUUCAGUGGGCAUCUAAGUAAAUUUAGCCUGUAAUGUGAAACUUCAAAUAUUAGAUUUUAUUUCAUCUUACUGUUUAAAAUGUUGAAGUUUUUUUAAUUAUUCUGAGUCAUUAUAAAGUGAUAUAUUUUGUUGGAUCUCUCUGUGCCACAGCUUAAGAGGAACUUUAGUAUGGAAUUGAUUGAUUUUUUAAUCCAAGUUCGUAUUUUCCUCAAUGUCAUUUCAAGUAUAUGUACUUAGUAUUUGUUUUACGAAGUAACAUCUCGUCUUUCAAGUUAUUUUCACUAUUUUAAUUUUUGAAAAUAAUAAAAUAUUCUUUUCUUUCUAUUAUGGAUUUAGCUUCUUAAAGCCAGCACCAGUUCAGAUACUCCACUGGGAACAGUGAACAAACUGAAUAAAAAACUAGAAGCGAUGUCAAUGCCUUAUGUAAUUUUGAGUGGAAAAAAUGCAGCUGUAAAGAAGCUGACGAAAUAAUUAACAGCAAUAGUAAACAACAGUUUGGAUGUCAUAUUCCAUAGUUGAUAUCACUUUACCUGGCAUCGAUACACUUGUUCAUUUGUAAUGCGAAUCCCCCACUAAACAUUAUUUUCUCACUUUUUUCUGGAUUGUUAUUUCUUGUGUACAUACAUAAUCAAUUUUUAAAUAAAAACUCUGACCUUAUUUGUUUUAUU